AUGCCUUUGGUCACCUCCCCCUCCUCGUCCUCCUCCUCUUCCACCCCGGGCGGCCGCUGUGGUCGCAAGGCGCCCGGGGCGCGGAGCUGCCGGGGGGCUGCGGGAGCCGCCUCCCCGGGGCCGCCGGCUGCCACUGGCUGCAGAGGCGCGGGCGCCGCCUUCGCUGGACCGGCCCGCGGGGACGCCGGCGGCUACGGCGGGGCGGCGCGGCGGCCGCGGGCGGGGGUGGGUGUGAGCGAGCGGCGCGCUGCCGCCUCCGCCGCCGCCGCCGCCCGGGAGCCGCGGGCCGCGCUGCGCUCCAUGCGGCCGGCGGCCGGGCCCGCGCGCUCCGGGCCUACAGCUGCCGUUCCCCGGCGCGAGCUGUUUGUGUUGUGUGUUUUCCACCACCGCCCCCCUCUUCGCGAGCCGUUCCUCGCAGCCCUCCAGUCCCCCUCCCCCGUGCAGACAAAACCCGGACUGGAUUUAUUUCUCCAACCCGCAGCCUCCGAAAAUCGGGUCCCUCCGACCAGUCGGCCUGGCGAGCCGCGGGGGCCCGCGCUAGCCCACGGCUGCUGAUUCCCUUCGAAAGGAGGAUCGACUGGGCUUCUAGAAGUAAGGUUGGCGGUCCAAGUCAGACUUUUGAAGGAAGAGAUUUGCCACGAGUCAUUUGACGAUCUUUACCGGGCCAGGCUUGACUACUCUUGAGCUUGUACGAAAUCUCGAGGAAGGUGUACCAACCCGAGAUUUGGGGUUAAUUGCUAACCUGACUCAUUUGGAUUUUUGAGACUCUGUUUCUGGACAUUGCCCGCCAAUCUCUCCGGCUCCUUAAACAUACCGUUCUACGCCCUGCCUUUUGAGUUCUCUUGGCGCUGUGCUAUCUUGCAGCUUUUAUUUCUGCGUUUUUUUACCUUGAGUGCCUGAUUCUAACAGCUUUUGGCUCUCACCAUUCAAUGUGCAGACUGCUGGCACCGUCCGGACCUUCGGAGAAACAAACGGGGGCAAGGGUUCAAGAUUACUUGAGUUUGUUGUUGUAAAAAUUAAUAUGAAGUGAGAUCACGUGUGGAAACCAAGCACAGAACCAGAUUGCCACAUGACAUUGUCACUUUCUAAGGAUUUUUAGGUGUGACAAAGAAAAGUCAUUUGCUAGUGUUUGGGGUUAGGCUGUAUGUAAACCGCGUUGUUUACAUUCAAAUUAUAAGCCAACUUCACCUUUGUCGCUGAAGGCUCUGGAGGAUCUCCAAACACUAUGCAGGUGCCUCCAGAAGACCAGUGCAAAUGAUGCCUUUGCCCAGCUCCCUUUCAUGGAUCAGUUCUCUUACGCAUCCUGUAGGCUUUGGCUGAACAACCGGAGAAGGGCUGAUGAGGAAGACAGAUGAUGGACUUUGGAGUAAGCGCCACCCCACAACCAUGGAGAAGCUGGCUGCCUCGUACCUGGUCUUCUGAUCCUCAAUGACUCUUAAACCAUUGAAUUCUGAGCCCCAAAGAUACCCAAAGCAUUUAUUAAAAAAACAUGUACUAAGAAAUUGUACAAAGAAAAUCAGGCUCAACUUAACAUUUUGUUCAAUUUUUUAAAAUCUUAGAUUCAGAGAAAGAAUAAUCACACUCCCCAGAUCACAAAGAACUGACUCAUUGGAAAAAAACCCUGAUGCUGGGAAAGAUUAAAGGCAGGAGGAGAAGGGAA